AUCUACAACAGUCAAUAUUACUACUGUAGAGUACUUCUACUACUAUUAUGCCUACUUCUACCCAAUGUUGGGAUUAGUUAUUUGGAAAAGUAAUUACCUUCAAUGACCUGGAUUAAUGACAGAACUGUUUUUGGGAAAGUCAGAUGAGGUGAUUGAUGAUUUACCCGGGUUAAUACUUAGUCAGAGGGUGGAACAAAAAACCAUGGGCAAAUAGUUGUAAUUUCGCCAUUUUAUUCUUCCUCUUUUUGAGACGGACAUAAAUAAGCACUCUGACCUAUCUAGCAGAGAAGCAGGCACAAUGCGCAAGCUCACUUUACUUGCAGGUCUGUGCUUCGCCCUGUGCCACUUGGGCUCGACCUCCCAACUGGUCUGCUACUUUACCAACUGGUCCCAGUACAGACCUGGAACUGGGAAGUUCCUGCCGGCUAAUGUUGACCCUCACCUGUGUACUCACCUGAUCUACGCCUUCUCCAUUAUCAACCCUGCCAAUGAGCUUGCCACCUAUGAGUGGAAUGAUGAGACCCUCUACAGUUCCUUCAACGGACUUAAAGACAGAAAUCCUAAGCUCAAAACACUUUUGGCUGUCGGUGGAUGGAAGUUUGGCACACAACAGUUCAGUAUCAUGGUUUCAUCACCUAACAAUCGGCUGAAGUUCAUCCAGUCUUCGAUCAGUUUCCUUCGGAGGCAUGGUUUUGACGGGCUGGACCUGGACUGGGAGUACCCUGGAGCACGGGGAAGCCCUCCAGAGGACAAGCACAGAUUCACACUGUUGUGCAAGGAGCUCCUGGAGGCCUUUGAGGCUGAGGGCAAGGCAGUCAGCCGCCCCAGGCUGCUGCUUACUGCUGCUGUGGCUGCUGGGAAAGGGAACAUUGAUUCUGGCUAUGAAAUUGCAGAAAUUGCUAAAUACCUGGACUUCAUUAGCGUGAUGACCUAUGACUUCCAUGGAUCCUGGGAGACCUUCACAGGACACAACAGCCCUCUCUACAAGGGAUCCCAUGACACAGGAGACCAUAUCUACUUCAACACAGAUUUUGCCAUGAAAUACUGGCGAGAUCAGGGAGCCCCUGUUGAGAAGCUGAUGAUGGGCUUUGCUACGUAUGGACGUUCGUUCCAGCUCGCCUCUGUAGAUAGUGGGGUCGGAGCGUCAGCCAACGGUGCUGCUGCAGCCGGACCUUUCACCAGUGAGCCUGGUUUCUGGUCUUAUUAUGAGAUCUGUACUUUCCUCCAAGGAGCCAGUGUCCAGUGGAUUGAGGAUCAAAAGGUUCCCUAUGCCUCUAAAGGAAAUCAAUGGGUGGGAUUUGACAAUAGGGAGAGCUAUGACACAAAGGUCGGCUACCUAAAGGAAAAUGGCUUUGGAGGGGCCAUGGUUUGGAAUCUGGACUUGGAUGACUUUACUGGACAGUCAUGUGGACAGGGCAAAUAUUCCCUGAUCAGCCAUCUUCAAAAACUCCUCAACAUUGAACUACCUCCCCUGCCACCUACACACACCCCACGGCCAGGGGGACCACCCACAGUCAAGGCCACCACCACUACCCUUGUGCCCGGUGGUAGUUUCUGUGCAGGCAGGGCUGGUGGGCUGUAUGUCAAAGCAGAUUCCCCGAGCUCUUUCUAUAACUGUGCUAACGGCAUCACCUGGAUCCAGAGCUGCCCCGCUGGCCUAGUCUUCAGUGACAGCUGCAAAUGCUGCAACUGGCCCUAGGACUGUUAUUUGACCUAUGGGAGAGUUGGACUCCAUGAAAUGAUGACCUCGGCUCGUCCUAGAUAUUUGGUCACAUGAUUAAUUCUGUGUAUGGAGUUCUAACUUGAAAUAUACUUAUUCCUGUAACUAUAUAAGGCCUUAUCGAUUAUGUCACGUGGAUAAUGAAUGUAUAUGUUAUUGAUAACUGAAGGGUGAAGAAGAGCUUUGUUUAUGGAAAGUUACUGUGAGCUAAAAGGGGAACAGAGACUAUAACCAAAGUCUGUUCACUAAUGUGAACAGAAGGUCACUUGUAAACAUCAUGGAUUAGUGAUCGGAUAAUGAGCAACAGCGCAACAUUUAGGCAAUAUUGGACAACAGAUAGCAGUAUGGAGAAGUUACACCCCUAAUCUCAUUUUGACAUAACUGCCUGUUUGAUCAUGUGCAAAGUGUGCUUGCAGCUGAAGCACCCAGUGGGUUGAAUAAACAUGGUUUGAGCUUUU